AUGGUCCAAUGUGGAAAACUAAUUUUCGCAAUAGCAACAUGCGUGCUAUUUACUCUUCUACUUCCGACUAAUACAAAGUACGUUAGUCCUAUUUCAUCACUUUUAAGUUUUAUGAGGGACGAAACAGAUCAGUACGACAAUGAGCCACCCGACCGAAUAAACUUACUUUCUUCAUACGACUUCAUCGUUGUAGGCGCAGGCACUGCAGGAUGCGUGCUAGCAAACAGACUUACAGAAAUACCAGAUUGGAAAGUUCUACUCAUAGAAGCUGGAGCCAACGAAAACUACGUAAUGGACAUCCCGAUUCUAGCAGCUUAUUUACAAUUUACCUCGGCUAACUGGGCUUAUAAAACGAAGCCAUCCAAUAAGUACUGCGCAGGAUUUGAGAACCAACAGUGUAAUUGGCCACGAGGGAAGGUAGUCGGAGGAUCCAGUGUAUUAAAUUAUAUGAUAUACACGCGAGGAGCUAAGCCUGACUACGAUAAUUGGCAGUCUAUGGGAAACGAGGGCUGGGGUUGGGAUGACGUACUUCCAUACUUCAAAAAAGUUGAAAACUAUAAUAUUCCUGCUUUCGAUGACUCGGAUUAUCACGGACAUGGUGGAUACGUAAAUAUUGAGCAUGCACCCUUUCGCACUAGUAAAGGGAAAGCCUGGGUCAAAGCAGCUCAAGAAAUGGGUUUCAAAUAUGGAGACCAUAAUGGUGCCAAUCCAUCUGGAGUAUCUUUUCUUCAACUAUCUAUGAAAAACGGAACGAGACAUAGUUCCAGCAGAGCUUAUUUGCAUCCAAUAAAUGGGAGAAACAAUCUACAUGUAUCCAAAGGCAGUAUGGUCACUAAACUUAUUUUUGACAACACUAAUACCAAAGUUAUCGGCGUAGAAUUUGAAAAACAAAACAGAAAGUACAAAGUCUUAGCUAAGAAAGAAGUAAUUUUAUCUGCUGGAGCUAUAAAUUCUCCACAACUGUUAAUGUUAUCCGGCAUCGGCCCAAAAAGUCAUUUGGAGUCAAUGAAAAUCAAAGUUGUAAAAGAUUUACCAGUUGGAUAUAAUUUAAUGGAUCAUGUUGCGGCUGGUGGAGUACAAUUUGUAGUACAAAAGCAAAAUUCAAGUUUUUCAUCAGAAUCAAUUUUAAGCAAUAUCGGUUUGGUAUUUCAAUGGAUGACGACACACAAGGGUCCACUAUCCGUCCCUGGGGGAUGCGAAAGUCUCGUUUUCAUGAAUUUAAACGACAAGUUUAAUUCUUCAAGCUGGCCAGACAUGGAAUUACUCUUCAUUGCUGGUGGACUGAAUUCAGACCCACUGUUACGUCGAAAUUUUGGGUUUAACGAACAAAUCUAUUCUGACACGUACGGUCCCUUAGGUAAGUCCGAUACUUUCAUGAUCUUUCCUAUGUUGCUGCGUCCAAAGUCAAAAGGACGAGUCAUGCUUCAGAGCAGAAACCCUAAAGAAUAUCCAGCACUAGUUCCAAAUUAUUUUGAUUAUGACGAAGACUUGCAGAAAAUUGUAGAAGGAAUAAAAGUAGCUGUAAACAUUUCAAAGCAACCAGCUAUGAGAAAAAUUGGUGCGAAAAUAUAUGAUGUACCGAUCAAGGAUUGUUUGAAAUAUGGACCAUUUGGUAGCGAUGCUUAUUAUGCUUGUCAAGCCAAGAUGUUUACUUUUACGAUAUACCAUCUUAGUGGUACAUGUAAGAUGGGAGUUAAGAACGAUUCGACGGCUGUGGUCAGUCCGAGAUUGAAAGUUCAUGGGGUUGAAGGGGUCAGGGUGAUCGAUGCAAGCAUAAUGCCUGAUAUAGUGUCUGGCCAUACAAAUGCUCCAGUUUACAUGAUUGCUGAGAAAGGAGCAGAUAUGAUCAAAAGUGACUGGGGAAAAUUAUGAUGAAUUC